GACCAGAAGCUUUGUGGGUCGUGACCUGCCUUUUGACCUCAAUUGUCUACAUCGUCCAAACGCGCAGUUUACCAUUUUGCAGGCCUCCAAUAAAAUUUUCUCCAACCAAGUCCAAUGGCUGACAAGCUUUCUAGUUUCUAACCUGCCGAGAGAAUAAUAUGAUUGGUCUCAUCGAUUGAAUUGUACCUGAAGCUUUCUUCUCAACCUCAAUUUCUAUCUGCAGUGGAUUUUCACCAUGUAUCAUGCCAAGAAGUUUUCAACAGCAAGCUUAGUCCCUCACAAACCCCAGAGCUCUGAGGAGCUAGCAAACGUUGGGGUUGUCAGUGGUGGCUCUUCAGUGAAAAGCCCAACGCCUUCUGGGGGAAGUGGCAAGCAACGCCUGCGGUGGACUUCGGAUCUCCAUGACCGCUUCGUCGACGCCAUUACGCAACUCGGUGGACCAGAUAGGGCAACACCUAAAGGUGUUCUGAGAGUGAUGGGUGUUCCGGGACUAACUAUUUAUCAUGUGAAAAGCCAUUUACAGAAGUAUCGCCUUGCAAAGUACCUGCCAGAGUCUCCGGCUGAUGGUUCUAAAGACGAGAAGAAGGGUUCUGGAGACAGCCUUUCUUGCUCAGAUUCUUCUCCUGGAGUCCAAAUUAAUGAGGCAUUGAGGAUGCAGAUGGAAGUUCAGAAGCGUCUUCAUGAACAGCUUGAGGUUCAAAGGCAGUUGCAGAUGAGAAUAGAAGCUCAGGGUAAAUACUUGCAGAAGAUCAUUGAGGAGCAGGAGAAACUUGGUGGCGUUCUCAAAGGAUCUGAUGCAUUGCCAUCAGCGGAAGAUAAGCAGAAGCCAUCUCAGUUGGAGACAGCGGGCGAUGCAUCUGCCACGCCCUCAUCUCCGCGAAAGAAACAAAGGGUGGAUGAUGGGUUGCCAGAUGGUUGCACCACAUCUAAUGUGCCUCCAAAAGCUGACCAAAAGAAUGAAUUUGUGGGUCAGUGGGAUCGAGACUUGUAUGGAAGUGAUGGUGGAUUUGGAUUCAACUUGCAAACAGAGUUUAAAGAGAGAGAUGGUGAUGCUGCACAGAAAGCGCCAAUGGAGUUAGAUCCCUUGUGUGGUUCAAAACAAUAGGAGUCCGAAAUGUCGGUAGUAUUUCAUGAAUCUUGUGCGAGUAAUUAGAAAUCAUGUUAUGUAUACCACAUAAAUAGACAUGCAAUCCAUUUGUAAUUAUACAAUGCAUGAUUUUCCCCCUUUUUAGUGUAUAAGUAGCAUGUAAUUUCCAACUCCCCAUAAAUGCUAUGCGAUGGAUUUUGCAUGUACUUUUGGCAUCUUAAAUCUAUUUAUUUCGCUUUUUA